GCCGUUUUCAAGAAUUGACAAGUUUACAAAGUUGUCUAUUGCAUCAAAAAUAUAAAGAUGCCGAGAGAAAUCAUAACUCUUCAGCUGGGACAAUGUGGCAAUCAAAUUGGUAUGGAAUUCUGGAAACAACUAUGUGCAGAACAUGGCAUUAGUCCUGAGGGUAUGUUAGAAGAUUAUGCUACAGAAGGAACAGAUAGAAAAGAUGUCUUCUUUUAUCAGGCUGAUGAUGACCACUACAUACCAAGAUCUGUAUUAUUAGAUUUAGAACCUAGAGUUAUAAAUCACAUUAUGAACUCACCUUAUGCUAAUUUAUAUAACCCUGAAAAUGUUUAUCUAUCUAAACAUGGAGGAGGAGCUGGUAAUAAUUGGGCUAGUGGUUAUUCACAGGGAGAAAGACUUUAUGAAGAAGUAUUUGAUAUUAUUGAUAGAGAAGCUGAUGGUAGUGAUAGUCUAGAAGGUUUUGUUAUCUGUCACUCUAUAGCUGGUGGUACAGGUUCUGGUAUGGGAUCCUAUAUCUUAGAGAGACUUAAUGAUAGGUUUCCUAAGAAGUUGAUACAGACCUAUUCUGUAUUUCCUAAUAUAGAUGAAGUCAGUGAUGUAGUUGUUCAACCAUAUAAUUCUAUUUUAACAUUAAAACGGCUAACUCAAAAUGCUGAUUGUGUGGUUGUUCUAGAUAAUACAGCUUUAAAUCGUAUAGCAGCUGAUAGAUUACAUAUUGAUACACCUACAUUUGGUCAGGUUAACCAGUUGGUUUCAACUGUUAUGUCAACAAGUACCACAACCCUUCGUUACCCUGGUUACAUGAAUAAUGAUUUGAUUGGUUUAAUUGCUUCUUUAAUUCCAACUCCAAGAUUACAUUUCCUAAUGACUGGUUAUACACCUUUAACUACCAGUUCUCAGGUUGCUAGUGUGAGAAAAACAACAGUUUUAGAUGUCAUGAGAAGAUUACUUCAACCUAAAAAUAUGAUGGUAUCAACUCCAGUCCAUAGACAGGCUAAUCACUGUUAUAUAUCUAUAUUAAAUAUCAUACAAGGAGAAGUUGAUCCUACACAGGUUCAUAAAAGUUUACAACGAAUAAGAGAAAGAAAAUUAGCUCAGUUUAUUCCAUGGGGACCAGCUAGUAUACAGGUUGCCUUGUCACGUAAAUCCCCUUAUGUACAAACUUCACAUCGUGUUAGUGGUUUAAUGUUAGCUAAUCAUACCAGUAUAUGUUCAUUAUUUGAAAGAGCACUAAAGCAGUUUGACAAACUACGUAAAAGAGAGGCAUUUAUGGAUCAGUUUCGUAAAGAGAGGAUAUUUCAAGACAGUUUAGAUGAGUUUGAUAAUUCACGAGAAGUGUUACAACAGUUAAUAGAUGAGUAUCAGUCAGCUACUACUCCAGAAUACUUAUCAUUGGGAACUCAGCAGACCAUUUCAAAAUUAAAUGGUUCCCCUUCAUAA